UUUCUCUUACAUGUUUCGGAAAAUGCGCUGUCAAUAUUUCCUCAGGAAGCCGUGGACUGCUAACUGAAGCACAUAGCUUAUGGGAAUUAAGAUACCGGAAGCUGUGUGGAGGUAGACCGGGAUAACGCAACAAGUCUGGAUCCUCUCCUCGCCUAACCCGUGGGAAAUAAACCUUUAUUGGAGGACUUGUGGCGAACGACGGCACACAACGCCGAGGAUCGCACUGGUCCCUGCGUGACGUCUGUUCACAGAGGGAGACGUUUGGACAUCAUAGCUGUGCUAAAAUCAACAGUUUAUUUAACUUUUAUUUCAUAAUGGGAAUUAGUUUCGGCGUGCGUAAAGAUCGGUCCUGUUUGCACCCAUGAACUUGUUUGGGCGCCUGAUUCUUCUUCAUGGACCAUGAAGACCACGCGUAAAUGCAGGGCGUUGAUCUCAGUGGGGUUGAACUUCCUGGCUCUUUUCUUCUCCAUCACAGCGUUCAUCACCACCUACUGGUGCGUCGGGACGCAGAGGGUACCCAAGCCCAAGUGCUCUAAGCUGCGGACGCACCAGUGCAUCGACUACGGGGUGAACGAGACGGACCCCAACAAGGUGGUCUACAGCUGGGAGACCGGCGACGACCGGUUCCUCUUCAGACAGUUCCACACCGGGAUCUGGUUCUCCUGCGAGGAGAACAUCAACGACGAACGUGAGGAAUGCAGAAGCUUCAUCGAUUUGGCCCCAGCCUCAGAGAAAGGCAUCCUGUGGCUGUCGCUGGUGUCGGAGAUGCUGUACAUCAUCCUGCUCAUGGUGGGAUUCAGCCUGAUGUGUCUGGAGCUGGUCCACUCCAGCAACAUCAUCGACGGCCUCAAGCUCAACGCCUUCGCCGCCAUCUUCACCGUUCUCUCAGGUCUGCUGGGCAUGGUGGCCCACAUGAUGUACACUCAGGUGUUCCAGGCCACGGUGAGCCUGGGCCCGGCCGACUGGAGGCCCUACAACUGGGACUACGGCUGGUCCUUCUGCAUGGCGUGGGGCUCCUUCACCUGCUGCAUGGGCGCCUCCGUCACCACGCUCAACUCCUACACCAAGACGGUCAUCGAGUUCCGGCACAAGAGGAAGACGUUCGAGCAGAGCCUGCGGGAGGAGCAGGCCCGCGAGGCCUUCGGCUACUUCAGGGAGCGCGGCCUGCACUCCAUCUCUAAGGACGUGGACGACUACCCCGGCCAGACCCCCCAGGGCAGCCGACGCUCCCCCGCGCACGGCUCCCCCUCCCUGGACCUGAGCGACACCACGGGGUCGCUGAGCGAGGAGCAGUGCUGAGCGGGAAGGUGGAGUCAGGGCAGCGGGGGCCGGUCGUAACGUCUGGGGUCAUGGAGCUGUAGUAGGGGCAGCAGGGGGCGGUCGUAACGUCUGGGGUCAUGGAGCUGUAGUAGGGGCAGCAGGGGCCGGUCGUAACGUCUGGGGUCAUGGAGCUGUAGUAGGGGCAGCAGGGGCCAGUCGUAACGUCUGGGGUCAUGGAGCUGUAGUAGGGGCAGCAGGGGCCGGUCGUAACGUCUGGGGUCAUGGAGCUGUAGUAGGGGCAGCAGGGGCCAGUCGUAACGUCUGGGGUCAUGGAGCUGUAGUAGGGGCAGCAGGGGCGGUCGUAACAGCCUCCUCCCAGGCUUGUGAGGUCAUUCAUCCCCUGGUUUGGCAUGAUUGCGUCGAGGGAUUUCUGAAGCCAUUAGUGACCCCCCCCACCCCCCCCGAGAAGCUGGACACCAACUGCUGCAGGGACUGAUUUGUAGUCAUUGGGUGGACAAUAGAACUACAAGUCCCAUGUGGAGAGAGGGUGGGCAGGAUCAUCGUGUGGCCCGGCGUUAGGGCUGAACUGUUCAUCGUAAAGACGAACACAUCUCACUCACACUCUCAAGUCUCUCCGUGUAUACCGACGCCGUAAGCCUUACACACUUUAGAAAACACAGUUUAGAUGCACUGCACUUCAAUGAAACCCCUCAUCUUGUGACUCAUCAAAGGAGGGUGUAAAUAGUAUUGGUAAUCUGUUCAUUAAACCUCAACUGUUUGCUGUUUAUACCGUGCCUGCGUGCAUCAUAUUUUCAAAGACAAAAAAGGGCGAUUGUAACGUAUCAUUAUUCAUGAAUAAAAUGAUACCUUACAUUUUACAGUAAAAAAACA